AUGGGCCAAGAACUAUCUGUUUUGGAUUUCACUGAGCUGCAGCAUCUCGAGAGUCAAUUGGAGAUGAGUUUGAAAAGCAUUCGCAAGAGAAAGGGUCAAAUUUUCAGUGAUGAGAUCAAUAGCUUACACAAAAAGGGAAGCCUUAGUAGUACAGAAAAUGAAGAACUUCAUAAGAAGAUAAACCGAAUUGGUGAAGAAAACGCAGAACUAGAGAAGGUUAUUGGAACAAGGCGCAGAGAAUAUGCAAUAUCCAAUGCUUCACAGAACAAUAUCAGUAUCAGCUAUGGAUACGAUAUACAUGAUGAACAAAUCAGUCUCCAGCUAAGGCAGCCACAACCACAACAGUGA